UAUUAUUUAAAUCAGAAGACAAAGUCCAAAACUUCCAUAUAUCUCUUCUUCUUCUCAAACCCCAUUCAGAUUCAGUGAAACUCAGCAACCUAAUUCUUAAUUUCUGAUCAAAUCAUCAAACAUGUUCAAAAAAUCUGAGCCUUCUCAAAACACUGUCCUCCAAAUUAAGCAAGAUGAUAAAUUCUUCUGCAGGCUUCUCACAAAGGAAAGUUCCAUGACCAACCCAUCUUUCAGAGUUGCAGCAGUUACUGUCCCCUUUGUGUGGGAAUCUCAACCUGGCACUCCCAAAUACACAUUCUCUGAGAACACUCUCCCUCCUCUUACUCCUCCACCUUCCUAUUACUCCAGCACCAGUCCCUGCAAAAAACAAGUGAAGAAAAGAUCAAGAUCCAAUCUUUUGCUUGCUCUGCUUCCAAAACUGAAUCUCAAGAAAACCAUUCUCUCAUCAUCAUCAACCUCUUCAUCAUCACCUUCCACCUUCUCAUCUCCAUCAUGGUCAUCCUCAUCAGAUUCUUCUUCAUCCAAGGUUGUUCAAGUGAGGAAGAUUGGAAGGAGGCGUUUUUUAAGCUUUGGUUCAUCUUUUGAUUUCAGGGGAGAUGAUAAAGAUGAAGUUGGUGGUGAUGUUGGUUCACCCACUUCAACACUCUGCUUUCGAAUUCCUCGUUCUACAAGCAAUAAGGCUAAAAUGGAGUUCCCAGGCUCCUCAAGGAGGUGAGCUGAGUCGGUUUCAUUACGGACUAAAUGACAAUUAUUGAAGUUUAUCUACUAAAAAACACUAGAUAAACUCCAAUAAAGUGCUCUUUGGUCCGCAUUCAAACGAGCAGGCUCUUAAUUUCUGUGUAAAUCUUUGUGCUCUAUAAUUUAUGUUUAGAGGGAAAGUGGGAAACCAAAUUUUCUAGGAUAGAUUUGGUCUAGGGUGUGUUUUUAUCAAAUAAAAAGGUUUGCUUCUGAUUAAGGUGUGUUAUAAACAUUUUUAGGAAGUUAAGUAGUUACAAACCAGCAUAUGAAGUUUCUGAUUGCGUUUAAAAUGUUGCAAAACAGAGUUGGAUCCAUUAUCUCCAUGGAUGCUAAUGAAUUUUAUGCAAGAAGUUGUUGUUGUA